AACCAUCUCAAUACACUUGUCAGAGAGAGUUCAGAGUUGAAGGAAGAGGGAAGCAAAAGACAUGGAGGUUCCUGUGAUAGAUUUGAGUGAGCUUGAUGGUGAGAAGAGGAGCAAAACGAUGGCACUACUUCACCAUGCUUGUGAGGAAUGGGGCUGCUUCAAGAUUGAGAACCACGGGGUUGAUCCAGAAUUGAUGGAGAAAGUGAAGCAUUUUGUCAACAGCCACUAUGAGGAGAAUUUGAAGGCAAGUUUCUAUGAGUCAGAAACUGCCAAAUGCUUGGGAAAUGGCAAUGGGACCAGAUCUGAUCUAGAUUGGGAAUGCACCUUCUUCCUCUGGCACCGCCCAAAGUCGAACAUAGAGGACUUCCCGAACCUCUCGAACGAUCUUCGGGGGACUAUGGAUGAGUACAUUGCUCAGCUGAUAAAACUAGCAGAGAAGCUCUCAGAGCUCAUGUGUGAGAAUCUUGGCCUAGACAAGGACCACAUAAAGAGGGCAUUCUCAGGGGACAAUGGGCCCUCUGUCGGCACGAAGGUGGCGAAAUACCCAGAAUGCCCCUAUCCGGAAAGGGUAAGAGGACUCAGAGAGCACACUGACGCAGGUGGGAUCAUAUUGCUGCUUCAGGAUGACCAAGUCCCAGGGCUUGAAUUCCUCCAUGAUGGCCAGUGGGUUCCAAUCUCACCGUCCACAAACAACACCAUCUUUGUCAACACUGGGGACCAACUUGAGGUGCUGAGCAACGGCCGCUACAAGAGCAUCUGGCACCGUGUCAUGGCCGUGGAGAGCGGGAGCCGGCUCUCUGUGGCCACGUUCUACAACCCUGCGGGCGAUGCGGUCCUCUCGCCGGCGCCGAAGCUCCUGUACCCCGAGAAGUACACUUUUGGGGAGUACCUGAAGCUUUAUGCUACCACCAAGUUUCAAGAAAAAGAGCCCAGGUUUGAGUUGAUGAAGAAAAUGAUGAGCAGUGGAUGCAAUGGAGUGGUCUAAGAGCUCCCAAUAACUUAGAUGGAUCAGGCUCAUUUGACUCUGUUGGGAUCUUGUUUUAAACUUUUCUUGCUCUGAUAGAAACACCUGGUUUUGUGGUUUUU